AAAACCGCACCCCUCUUUUCGACUCAAGACCCGACACCACACCGCCGAUUUUUUCAAACAAGUUCUCAUGAUCGCCACGCUCUCUCUCUCCUCCCAAUUCCUCGGCCCCCGGAUCGCCGAUUCCCGCCGCGCAUCCCUUCCUCGUAGUCCCCGAUCUCAGAUCUCCGCCUCCUACGCCGCCGCGCCGGAACGGCCACCGCCGAUCCGCGCCUCCACUGCCCCCUCCGGCUCCUCCACCCUCUACGACGUCCUUGGCAUCGGCUCCGGCGCUUCGGCUCCUGAGAUCAAGGCGGCUUAUCGCCGGCUCGCCCGCGCCUGCCAUCCCGACGUCGUGAAGGGCUCCUCCGCCGACGAGUUCCUGCGCAUCCACGCCGCCUACACCACCCUCUCCGACCCCAUGAAGCGCGCCGACUACGAUCGCAGCUUGGCGGCUCCCGAUCGGCUCCACCGUGUGAGCUUCUCUCCGUUCUAUGGUUAUACUCGCCGGUCCUGGGAAACGGAUCAGUGCUGGUGAUGGAUCUAAUUUGAGCCGUCCGAUGUGAAACUGACGGCCGGAUCUCCGCCGUGAAUAGCCACGGAUGUUUGGAGUUACGGGUUUGGAUGUGCAUUGGGGAUUUUCGACCGUUGGAUCGUCUACGGACGGCUCUGAUUGCUCGUCGGCUGACGGCGAGAGCCUCGGGAAUCUUUGCGACGGUGGAGGGGCUUUUAUGUAAAUAGAUUUUACGAGUUGGGUUUUUAUUAAUUUUAUGUUUAACAGGGAUUUCGAUGACUAAAUAUAAGUUAUGUAAUUCUAAAUCUUGCGCUGAUUUUAAGCUCUGUGUUUUAUAAAGAGAUCUUUAAUUUAUUUA